CUCCUACAAUCCUCUCUACACAUUCACACUCUAAUUCAGACACAUUCACAAACCUGAACAUGACAGUCGAGCCCUGACUCCUGAUUCAAAAAAGACGCAAAGACACAAACGCACCACUCACAGCAGACGCAGACAUACGGGAAACUGCCACUGUGUCAACUGCAGAGAAGUCACUGGAAAGAAACUGCUGAUCUGGGAGCAGUUGAAGGGACAAAAUGUGGACAGCCAUAAUUCUGGCCUUGCAGCUGUUCUUAAAACUGUGCUUACAUGUGGAUGGCCAGGCUUUAGUCUAUGAUCUGCUCACCUCACCUGACUGCCUGCCAGACCUGCUGCAGGGGGGUCUGGUUGAGCAAGGGGUGAAUGAGGCCUUCAUACUGGCCUCCUUCAAGAUGCAGCCCAAGUCUGGAACCACUGUGUUUGGCCUGUUCAACCCGAGGGACAACAGCAAGUACUUUGAGUUCACCGUGAUGGGGAAGCUCAACAGAGCCGUGUUGCGCUAUCUACGCACUGACAAGAGGAUGAGCUCGGUAACCUUCAACAACCUGGUGCUGGCAGACGGUCAAAAACACAGGCUGUUGUUCCACCUGAGAGGGCUGCAGCAGCAGGGGCCAGGAGGGGUGGAGCUGCAUCUGGACUGCAGGCUGGUGGAGACCGUCAGGGAUCUACCUGCUGCCUUCCAGGGUUUGCCCCCAGGCUAUGGUAUGGUGGAACUAAAGACCAUGCAAGCCAGAGACCAGGAGAGCUUAGACGAGCUGAAGCUGGUGGUUGGAGACACCUUUGAGAACGUUGCUUCAUUACAAGACUGUCAUUUCCAACAGAGAGACUCUGUUCAAACUCUGGGCGUCAACACGAAGCAGCUGUCAAAUCAAAUGCUGGAGUUAACGAAGGUGAUAAAUGAGCUGAAAGAUGUCCUCAUUCAGCAGGUGAAGGAGACCUCAUUUCUCAGAAACACCAUCUCAGAGUGUCAGGCCUGCGGCUUAGGUGGAACUGAGGUGGUGAAGCCAAGGUGUGUCCCAGGCGUCUGCUUCCGUGACGAUAUGUGUUUGGAGACAGCAGAUGGUGUUGAGUGCAGACCCUGUCCUGAUGGUUACACCGGGGACGGUUUCAACUGUGAUGAUGUAGACGAGUGCCAGUUUAACCCCUGCUUUCCCGGAGUGAAGUGUGUGAACACUGCCCCGGGCUACCGCUGUGAGGCCUGUCCGCUGGGCUACACCGGUCUGCCAAUAGAGGGUGUGGGAGUCUUGUUUGCUCAGACCAACAAACAGGUCUGCGACGACAUUGACGAAUGCAAACGACCCAACAAUGGAGGCUGCACUGCAAACUCAAUCUGCCACAACUCCAUGGGCUCCUAUCACUGUGGCACCUGUAAGACAGGUUUCACAGGAGAUCAGGUGAAAGGCUGUAAGCCGGAGAUGAGCUGUGGCAACAGCCUGACCAACCCCUGUGAUGCCAAUGCCCAGUGUCAUAUGGAAAGAGAUGGGUCAAUCUCAUGUCAGUGUGGAAUUGGCUGGGCAGGUAACGGGUACCUGUGUGGGAAGGAUACUGACAUUGAUGGAUACCCAGAUGACAAACUCAAAUGCAAGGAAGCAAGCUGCAAAAAGGACAAUUGCAUUUACGUUCCUAACUCUGGUCAAGAGGAUGCUGACAGGGACAGCUAUGGAGAUGCCUGUGAUGAUGAUGCAGAUGGUGAUGGUAUUCCAAAUGAACAGGACAACUGCUGGUUAAAGCCCAACUUGGACCAGAGGAAUAGUGAUAAGGACAGUCACGGCGACGCCUGUGACAACUGUCGUAUUGUGGACAACCCUGACCAGAGGGACACUGACAGCGACGGCAAAGGGGACGCCUGUGAUGAUGAUAUGGAUGGAGAUGGCCUGAAAAACUUCCUGGACAACUGCCAGCGUGUCAAGAACAGAGACCAGCUGGACCGAGAUGGAGACGGAGUGGGAGACGCAUGCGACAGCUGCCCUGACAUCCCCAACCCUAACCAGUCUGAUAUAGAUAACGACCUGGUCGGAGACUCCUGCGACACAAACCAGGACAGUGAUGGUGACGGUCACCAGGAUACCAAGGACAAUUGCCCGUUCGUGAUCAAUAGCUCCCAGCUGGAUACAGACAAAGACGGGCUGGGUGACGAGUGUGAUGAUGACGACGACAACGAUGGAAUCCCUGACAUUAUUCUACCUGGGCCGGACAACUGUCGGCUGGUGCCAAACCCCGACCAGAUUGACGACAACGACGAUGGUGUUGGAGAUGUGUGCGAGUCGGACUUUGACCAGGACAAAGUGAUUGACAGGAUUGACAACUGUCCCGAGAAUGCUGAGGUCACCCUGACUGACUUCAGAGCCUAUCAGACGGUGGUGCUGGACCCCGAGGGUGACGCGCAAAUCGACCCCAACUGGGUUGUUUUAAACCAGGGAAUGGAAAUUGUUCAGACCAUGAACAGUGAUCCAGGACUUGCUGUUGGUUACACUGCUUUCAGUGGAGUGGACUUCGAGGGGACGUUUCACGUGAACACAGUGACUGACGACGACUAUGCCGGCUUCAUCUUUGGCUACCAGGAUUCAUCCUCCUUCUAUGUGGUGAUGUGGAAGCAGACUGAACAGACUUACUGGCAGGCGACACCUUUCAGAGCUGUGGCUGAGCCCGGCAUCCAGCUUAAGGCUGUGAAAUCCACAUCAGGCCCCGGCGAGCACUUAAGAAAUGCACUGUGGCACACGGGAGACACCAAUGACCAGGUGCGUCUGCUGUGGAAGGACCCGAGAAAUGUCGGCUGGAAAGACAAGGUGUCCUACCGCUGGUACCUGCAACACCGCCCACAGGUCGGAUAUAUCAGAGCACGGUUUUACGAGGGAACUGAGCUGGUUGCAGACUCUGGAGUGACGAUUGACACGACCAUGCGAGGAGGACGACUGGGCGUGUUCUGUUUCUCUCAGGAGAACAUCAUCUGGUCCAAUUUGAAAUACCGCUGCAAUGACACCAUCCCUGAGGAUUUCCAGGAGUUCACCACUCAGCACGGCACUGACACACACUAAAGGCAAGAGAAAAAUAUGACACCAGCUCUCCAAAGAAUGCUUGUUUGUGUGUGUGCGUGUGUGUGUGUGUGUGUGUGUGUGUGUGUGUGUCUGAUGUGUAAGUUUCUGUGCAUAUGACCACAAUCUUUGUACUGUAUGUGUUUAUUAUCGUGUCUGUUUCCUUCUUCCAUAUUUUGACUGCCUGUUCCAUUGUCUCUUGAAGACUACGGCUAAGCUUUUAAUGCUAAAUAAUGUAAGUUAUUAUUAAUCUUACUAACGUUUUCAUCUAGUUUAGCAAAAGAGGUCCCAAGAUUAAGUAGACAGGUUUGAAAUAAAGGAAGCCUUAUCAUAAAAAAAUACUUUUCUACUCAAAGGUUACUUCAGAGCAGAUUCAUACAAGUGCUUCUUAUAUACAGAUCAUACUGGUUGUAUUGUGUUUCACUAGUACGUGAUUGACACGUGCUGUGGAAAGGAUGAACAACAUAGGUUUGUUUGUAACUCAGAUUCCGCGUGGUGUCUCGUCUUUCUAACGAUUAACUUAAAGCUCAGUGUAUCCUCGUUUUCUCCCGAUCAUUUUGUCCUCAAUGUCUUGAUCAUUUUGUUUCUGUAGAGUCAUGAACCUGAUCAAAAUAAAGGGCUGUUUAAUA